AUGAUUCUCCACACAGUGCAGAAUUCCAUGAUCCUUGCAACAUAUCUCCUGGAGCUCCUCACAAGUGGCUACGGCGCCAGGAGUGCUCUGCACAUCGCUUGCUGGGAGGGAUCCCUGUCGGCGGUGCAGGCUGUGGCCAACGGCUCAAAGAAAGCCGUUCAGGACUGGCGCAGCUCUCAGACAAGGAAGCACCAAAGGAAGGGCGAUCUGACUCCGCUACACAUCGCUGCCAUCUGCAGCCAUGCCGAGGUAGCGGAGCUCUUGUUGGGGUACGACAUUGAUCCGGAUAUCAAUACGGCCCGGAGCCUUAGAAGUGCAUCAGCUGCGAUCGCUGGUCCCCCGGAGCUCCUGCUCCACAUCUCCGCUACCUCCAGCACUGACCUUUGUGAAGUGCUGAUGUCCAGCCGCGCGAACAUCGCAGCACGGACAGCAGACCAGGACACCCCGCUGCACUUUGCAAACUGCUUCCAACAGCUGGAGACCAUCGAGCUGCUCUUGAAAGCAGGCGCAGAUGCUUCGGCCGCAAACAAUUUCGGCGUGGUUCCACUGCAUGUCGCCGUGGCCUAUGCCGGCCUUGAACGGCUCGAGUUGCGAGAGGCAAAGGCAACGCUGCUGCUGUGUGCCUACGGUGCCAAGCUGGAUGCAAGGGACCACCAUGGUCACACACCCGCAGCUGUGGCACGGAUGGCAGGCUUGACCAGCCUUCUUCGCAUCUCAGUUGGUUUAGAUCGAAAAAUGGAGAUCCUAGCAAGCCGCAAGAACAUGCCAUAG